GGCAGCGAGUUUACUUCAUCAUUUCAAUGAAAUAAAGAGAUUGUAACAUCAGUAUGACUAUAAAAGCACCAAUACUUAAAGUUGUUUUACUGGGCAUAUGCACUGUGUCGUUGUACUAUAAUGCACAGCAUUACCAUUUAACACAUGUGCAUGGCAAUCCUGAACCAAUCAUGGAAUUAACGAAACACGGCAAUACAAAAUAUCAAUCUGAAGUGAUACCCAGUGAAACAGAGAACAGACAAGACAAAUCAACCUUGUCUUCAAAAACAGGGCUGCGUUCCGAUCCAGCAUUAGACAAUUAUGAUAAAGUAAAACUAGACAUGAUAUCUACACAAAAUACACUUGGUGUCAAAGGGAAUAAAACCUUCAACUGUGCUAUUAAUUUUGGUGAAUGGCCGGAAGGAACAAAAGAGAAAGUGUGGUUAACAAGCUUUCCAAGAUCUGGAAACACUUGGACACGUCAUUUAUUGGAAGUUGCAACAGGAAUUUAUACUGGUUCAUGUCACAAUGCAAAUGGGUUAUAUAUGCAUGGUUUUAAAGGAGAACUUGAUAAGCCAGGCCAAGGACAAAAGUUGGUGUAUAAAUGCCACUCGGUAAAUAUUAAGACCUUCAAGUUUGGGAUUUUGCUCAUCAGAAACCUAUAUGACUCACUGCUCUCUUUGCAUGCAUUUCACCUGAAUGGAAUGAUGGGCGACCCGAGCCUCGAGUUAUUUCGAAAGAGUACAGAUUUUGUUGAUAUGGUAAAAAAGAAACAUGAAAGUUGGCGGAAUCUAGUUGUUAGCUGGUUCAAAUCUGGGAAUCCAUUUUUGGUGGUACAUUAUGAGGAUUUGGUACAAAACCCAAUACAGAAUGUGAAGAAAAUGGUGAACUUUCUAAAUAUUACACUAACCCCUGAACGACUCAAAUGCUUGCGAAACGACAUUGAAGGUCUUUACCAUCGUCAACAUCCUGCGAAAUUUCAUUUUGAUCCCUUCACUCAAGAGUUGCAUGAAAUCAUAGACGAAGAUAUCCGAGUUGUAAAUGAGCUGUUGAUGAGUAGAAAUGAAACACCAGUACCUCAACCAGCUUAUAACACUGAGCUUUAG